UCGGCCAACUUUUAGAUUUAGCUUAAGCCGCUCGAUUGUUUCUCCCCAUUCACUUUUUUCGACUCUUGGCCAUUAAAUCAAUAAGCAUAAAUUAUUUAAAUUGACGCGGGUGACAAAUUUAGCAUGCCGGAAUACAUGGAGGUCUUGCCCCACCGCGGCCUGAUGGAUGGAAUAGCUGAGACGGCGGGCGUUCCCGUGGAGGCGCUGCGACUGCUGCUCACCAUUCUGGCAGGCUACCCAAUCGCUGCCUUCUAUCUUAAAUUUCUGACCAGCAUAAACGAUAAGGUGGUGCAUCACAUGUUCUUUGCCUCUUGCGGCGCUGGACUGUGCUACUUCAACUAUGGCAACGACACAUAUCACUCCAUUCUGGGCAUCAUGACCACUUAUUUCCUGGCCCUGUUUCUGCGCAAAGCAACGACCAUCUUUCUGACGAUAAACUUUAUAUUCCAUAUGACAUAUUUGCUGCUGGGCUACUACUACACCGCUAGCAACGAGUACGACAUACUGUGGACGAUGCCCCACUGCAUUUUGGUGCUGCGCAUGAUUGGCUUUGGCUUCGAUUUAACCGAUGGCUUGAAAAGCGAAGAAUCCUUGUCCAAGGACCAGAAGGAAACGGCCCUGAAGGAACUGCCAUCGCCGCUGGAACUGCUGGCAUUCGCCUACUUCCCUAGUGGAUUUCUGGUGGGACCUCAGUUUCCCUACCGCCGGUAUCAGAACUUCAUCAAUGGCCAGUACCGGGGCUACGAGGGAAGCCUUGAGGCGGGCUUACGACGCUUUGGAGCAGGAGCCUUCUACCUCAUUGUGUGUCAAGUUGGUCUGAGCUAUCUCCCCGAUUCGUACUUCCUCACCCCGGAAUUCGCCGGCGAGCCAUUCUUCAACCGGAUCUAUAUGCUGGGAUUCUGGGCCAAGUUCAGCCUGUACAAAUACAUAUCCUGCUGGCUGCUCACCGAGGGAGCCUUGAUCUGCAUCGGACUGACCUACAGGGGCGUGGACAGCGAGGGAAAUCCCGACUGGUCGGGCUGCAGCAACGUCAAGUUGAAGCUCCUGGAAACGGGCAACACGAUGGAGCACUACGUGCAGAGCUUUAAUGUCAACACCAACCAAUGGGUGGGGCAGUACAUCUACAAGCGGCUAAAGUUCCUCAACAAUCGCACGAUCAGCUAUGGAGCAGCGUUGGGUUUCCUGGCCGUCUGGCACGGCUAUCACAGCGGCUACUACAUGACCUUCCUCAUGGAAUACAUGGUUGUGAGCACCGAAAAGCAAAUCGCUCGCUUCUACACCAAAGUGGUGCUGCCCAAGUGGGGUCACAUUCUCGAGAACUCGGACAUCUACAAGCUUGUGUAUUUCCUGGCCCUGAAGUCCUACAACAUUGUCUACAUGGGCUGGUGCCUGGUGGCCUUUGUUUUCCUCAAAUACGAGCGAUGGAUUGUGGUUUACGGGGCAGUGAACUACUACGGAUUUCUUGUCCUAAUCGGUUGGGCGGUCUUCUAUCACUCCUACCGACAACUCGCCAGAGGAGAAUCGCGCCGAGAAGCUGGCGAGGAUAGAAGGGUGCAGCAGAAAAAGAGCGAAGAAAUCUCCGCAGCGGGAGGAACCCAAUCGGAGGAAAAGAAACCGGAAGAAAAAAAGGCUGAUUAGCGGAGGGGAGCGAGAGGGAGCGUCUGCUUUAAAGACAUUUCAAAAUUUUAGUUUUGCCUUGACAAUUAUUUGGAAAUCGUAAUGUUAAUUAAAUUGGAACUGUAGAUCUACUAACCAAAUAAGUUUUACCAAAUAAUAUGCCACUGUAACUAGAAGUUUGUUAAAUAGCCGUUGAAGAGCAAUUUUGUACACAUAUAUAGAUCGUCGGCCUAGUCAAGGAGGAGUUAUCCCCAACAAAAUAGUGUAUUUCGAGGAAGCAAACGCACUGUCAGUCGUAUAUAUGUUAUGGAAUUGUAAAUUAAGUGUUAAUGAAAACAACUAGCAACUAGACAGAUCAAAUGUGAGACUUAAUUAAGACCUGAGUCCGAAUCAAACAACUCUGCUACAGAUGAAAUGUACUUGAACUUCAAAUCGAGAUUUACCUAAGCCAUAAAGUAUAAAGUUUUAUACAACGCGAACGAUGAUGCAAAGAUAUGUAUAUUUUGAUAUGCUCACGCAAAGUGCAAAUUUCAAUAAUUGAAAAACGGAAUAAAUGCAAUUAUUUUUAGGUA